GACGGUGAAGGGCUGGGAGUUGAAUGGAACAAAUGUCAUGGAAGGGCAGAAGACUGGUCACCUAAUGUGAAAGAUAGCACUGCAGACUCUCCACAAAAAGCCAUACCUGGGGCUCGCUGCAGUCCCAAACGUUUAUGGCGUUCUGACAAGGCCAAAACCCCAAGGGAGAAGCUGAUGGAAUCCUUUUUGGGACAGCACAGGGAUGGUUCCUGCUGCUCCCACCACCCAGCAGUGCUCAGUGUUCACCAGAAUGUGGAGGAGAUGGAUUUCGAGAGAGGGAUUUGGUAUGCUGCUCUGAACGGAGACCUCGAGGGGGUCAAAAAGCAUGUCCUGAAGCAUGGAAAUGUUAACACUCCUGACCUCCUUGGAUAUACAGCUUUGCACUAUGCCAGCCGCAACGGGCAUUAUGAUGUCUGCCAAUUCCUGCUGGAGAAUAAAGCUGUCCCCAACGCCCAGACCAAUGGUGGGGCCACCCCUCUGCAUCGAGCCUCUUACUGCGGCCACACGGAUAUUGUUAGGCUGCUGUUGACUCAUGGUGCUAAUCCAGCAGUCAUGGACGAUGAUGGGAGGACCUGCCUCCACAAGGCAGCAGAGAACGGACACUAUGAGCUCUGCGGUCUUCUGUUGGAACACAACUUGGAGCUGAGAAAAAUGCGAGACAAGAACCUUAGAAGACCCUGUGACAUGGUUCCCAAAGGUCAAGAAGAGUUGUGGAGCCUUUUAGACAAGAGCAAUUUGCCUGCAAGUGAAAGCAAAGAAUCCAGUGCCUUGGGAAGCCCUCCUGCCCUCUAGGCUAAGUUGCCCACUGUCACCCUUACCCUCCUGCCUGCUGCUGGUAUGCUGUGGAGUCACAUGGUGGCAGCAGAAUGAAUUUGCUUCCAAGCCUUACUUGUCGAAGGAAUAAUUUGUUUACAGCUCAGAAAGGCAUUCAUGUACUCAGACAGUCCUGGCCUAGAAUUCAGAGCCAUGGAGGGGAACAGUGUCAUGACUUGGGAUUGGGGAGGAGCAGUUGCUUCUGAUAUUGCUUCUGGGUGCCAGAAGAUAUGGCUCUGGUGAGUUGGGAUUGGGGAGGAGCUAUUGCUUCUGAUUUGGGAUUGGGGAGGAGCUAUUGCUUCUGAGUGCCAGAUCUGGCUCUGGUGAGUUGUGGGGGGGGGGGGGGGAGGCAGUGCCAGUUCCAUCUGAGGACAUGGGGCUACGUGAAAGGGUGUUAUGUCCUUGGGCUCACAUCUUCCUGUGUUGCCUCCCCCCCUACACACUUUGUGUCCUUGUGCAAUCUUACUGGAUGAGUUUGGGCCCAUUUAUCUAGGCUGUAGAAUCCAAACUGGGAGGUUUGUCCUGCAGCAUGCCAGUUCAGGAUGCAUGUCUGAGUGCUCCCCUUCUGUAAAAACAAACUAUUUGAAGCAGGCAUGGGGAGCAUUUGGAGCAAAUCUGGUCUGAACCCUUCCCCCUGAGAUACUAGUCGUCUGAUUGCAGGAUUUUUUCUUAAAGGGAGAUGCAGAUGUGCAGUCUAUCAGCUGCAGCUUGAAGUGGGUCAAGUUGGUUUUACUGAAUAUAUUGUUACAUCCACAACACUUCGCCAAGCUGAGAAAUCUAGAAUGACAUGAUUCCCUGCAGUUUCUUUGGAUGAGACUAAGAGACGAAUUAUAUAUUUUUUAAAAAUCCUUUAAAAAACUAAGCAGAAGCCAAAGCCAGCUUUUUUUACUGCUGGCAGAAGACUGCCCCCUUCCCCAGCUUCUGGUCUCAAAGUCCUGGUUUCUGCACCAUUCCUGCAAGUGAAUUGCUCCUUUAGGAAUCAUCCAUAGCCAUUAAAGGAGCAGAAAGACCCUUGCAUGAAGCCUCUGACUCCCAUUUGGCCACAUCUUUGGCAAGACCCACAGUGAUGGGUCUUGCCAAAGUGAUCAGUAUUGGGGCAAUGUACAGCAAUAUAAGUUGGCUCUUCAUUUAAUCAUGUCAGCGAUGGUCCCAAUUUUCUAGCAAUCUGUGUUGGGAAUUCUUCUAUCCACAGGUUGUUUCAAACCAUGCAGUGGUUAAAUAUAUUUGGAAUAAUAUUUUGAGCUAAUUAAUGUCUAUACCCCAAAAAGGCAUGUCGAGGUCCAUGGGAAGGAGGGUGUAUGUGCAUGUGUGUGAUAGCAGCUCUUUUUCCCCACGUUCUCUGUAUGUGUGGGCAUAAUUUUGGGCUGUGGUUGCAGGAACAAGACCUACCACAAUGGCACCGGUCUUUCUACCUCAGCUGCUCCACCACACCCUGAAUUCUUUAUGAAAGAACAUCAGGUAAGGUAAGGCCAUGGUAAGGAGCAGAGACAGCUGUGUUACUUUGGGGCAGUGUCCUGAGGUUGUGCUUAAGACCAAGAACUCAGUUUUUGUGUUCUGAAUUCUAGUCUCCAUGGAGCCAUUCUUCCUGUAUAAGCACUGAAGUCACUGCCAUAAACCUGGGGCUCUAGAGGUAACAUCAGCUCUUGGUGGAAGGAGGAGACCUGCAGAGGGAAGUAAAAAAGUGUCAUCUUUUGAAAACUUCAGCUUUCUAUGAAAUGUGGUUGCCUUCAGACUCACAGUGUUCUCCAUAACUUUAUCCAAAGAAAAACCAUGAAGAGGCUCUUGGACUUUCAAGGCUAGUGUAUUGAUUACAGUCUGAACUGUUCCAUUGCAAGAAGUGGGUGGAGCCAGGGUGAGAUCCAUCAGUUGACCCCCCCCCCCUUUACACAGUUUCCCCCUUCUCCAUUGUAUCCUCAUAACCUGUGAGGUAGAUUAGGCUGCAUCAUUGGCCCAGGGCACCAAAUAAACUUGCAUAGUAGAGUGGGGAUUUGUACCUGUGUCUCCUAGAUCCGAGUCUAACAAUUAUGCUAGAUUGUCUGUAUUUAAUUAUAAAUGUAGCCCGUUUAUUUAUUCAUUAAUGGGAUGAAAGGUUGAGGACACCCAGAACUGGCUUUUGCAAUUAAAUUCAGUGAUUCCCCCGCCAUGACUAUAUUAAAGCAGAACAAAAGGCA